AUGGUACGAGCAUCAGCUAUCACGACCCCAGUGCGUAACCCGCAGCUACGCAUGUUAAAUGCUCUACACUCCAAUGGAAAGCCCAUCAUGACCUUUCUGGGGCUGCCGUCUCUUCGAACGGCUCAGAUUGUUGCUUCCACUGGAGUUGAUGCGGUCAUCAUUGACUGCGAACAUGGCCAUAUUAGCGAUGACUCCAUGCAUGACGCUACCGCAGCCAUUGCCGCCGCUGGCGUCUCGCCGCUCGUCCGUCUAAGAAUGACCCAUCCUGACCUUAUCAAGAGGGCUCUUGAUAGUGGUGCACAUGGUAUAAUUCUACCGCAAGUCAACACUGCUGAAGAAGCAAGCGAGGUAGUAAAGUACUCCAAAUUCCCACCGCAAGGCCUUCGAGGACAAGGGUCGCCGUUCGCAGGCUUUGCUCACAACAUCGAUAUUGCAACAUAUGUCAAGACGGCCAAUGAGACGACCAUUGUGUGCGUUCAGAUCGAAUCACGGCAAGGGGUUGAUAAUGUGGAUGCUAUCUGUGCUGUGCCAGGUGUGGAUAUGGUCUUUAUCGGCCCCAAUGAUUUAGCCUUUUCUCUCCUCGGCUAUGUUCCGGCGAAAGGUGAUGAGCCCGAGUUUGUUGAUGCCAUUGCCAAGAUUGUCGCAGCGGCCAGAAAGCAUGGAAAAUGGGUAGCUCGAUUGUCAAACUCUGGAACUUUGUGCAAGGAACAUCUGGAUGUCUUUGAUACGGUUGCUUUGAGUUAUGAUGUUAGGGCGAUUCAGAAUUGGUAUGCUGCAGAACUCAAGGCGGCAAGGGGAUAUAGACUGUAA